AGAAAGAAAAGAAAAGCAGGAAUGAAGCGUAUCGGCACUCAUGGCGCUAUUGUCGGCGGCGCUGCUGUCGGUCUCUCUCUCCACGGCUGCCCUUCCCACGCCACGCAUGCCUCCGACCUGUGCAGCGGCAACGCGACGACGGUGGCCACCUCCCCCCUCAUCACCGCCAAGCGUGGCCGCUUUUACAAGCCGCUCGUGAACCAAGGUAUCAACCUCUGGCGCUCCCGCAUGGGUCGUCUGCACAAAGGAUGGAACACGUGGGAGUACAGCCACAGCGCUGCCCCCGACCCCCGCCCAUUUCCAGAGCCGGCGGUGAACAACUACUACGGCCGCACCCGACUCUGGAACCCGAUUGCGGGAAAGAUCGGGCUGGUGAACCGCAAGGCGGAGGAGUGGGGAUGGCCGCAUACGCGUCCGCCCCCGACCGGGCUGCGCCGCUCCCCGGAGUACUUUCCCUUCUUCUUUGACCGCUACUUCCCCAACGUGGAGGUGCGCCUGGUGCUCGACAGCGUGCUGAACAACGAGACGACGCAUCCCGUCUUUCACAUCCCGCAGGACAUGUCAAAGCAGGAGUUGGUGAACUACCUGAAGAACAUCUACAACAUCGAUAACAUCGUGCGCAUUGGCGUGCGCAACGUGCGAGGGAAGCGGUUCAAGAACGAGGUCGGUCAGAUCAAGUCGAUGCCGGAUUACAAGGUGGCCGUCGUGGAACUGGAUGCGCCAGUGUCGAUCGAGUUCAAGCAGGUGAAGGGAACCGAGGACACACCAGACAACAAGCCACAAGCCCAGGUCUCGUAG